CAGUCACUGCAGCUGCUGAGCCGGACGCUCUGGGCACGCGGCGGCGGCCGGACUAGCCGGGAGCUCGCACCCCAGCGCCCGCCAGCGCGCUCCCAAGCCGGUCCCCGCACGGUGGUUCCCGCCCGGCCGCGCGCGGGAAGCGGGGAUCGCGCGCCUGUCGGUUCGCAGGUCUGGGCUGUCCACGGCGUCUGCAGCGGACGCGCGGCUCCAAACCCGAGCGCUCCGGAAAGCCGGCGCGUCUCGGAGGCGGCGGCGGGGGCCGCCCUCCUGGGCUCCCCGCACCCACCGUGCGGCGUCCCGCUCGCCGCGCCUCGCGGCCGUGACCUUCCAAGGGGCGCCUACGCCGGCCACGCGACCCCGAUCCCUCGCCCCAGGCCUGGGCGAGGCUCUCUUCGGCGCCCGCUUCUUGCGGAGCCGCGGGCGGGCGGUGCAGGCCCGGGAGGAGGGUCGCCGCAAGCAGCUACCGCCCGUCCCCGUGCUCGCUCGCCGUGCUCGCCUCCCGGCCGGGCUGACCUACCCCCCGGUCUAGCUGCUUCUCUGGAGCUGGGGGCGCGGCCGCACUCGCCUGGCUGGACCGGUUGCGGGCAGGCCCUACCCUGAAGGGGCAAAGCGGCCGGGGUCGCUGGUGGUGGAGCCGGCGGGGCUGUUGCUCCGCGUUUCUUCCCAGCGCUGGUUCCCGGGACCCAGCCCAGGGCGGCUUCAGGCCCCUGCCCAUGCAAGGCGUCCCCCCGGCUUGGAAGAGUCCUUCUGCGGUGGAGCAGCUCUCGGCAGCCGCCCCAGAGGAGGAGAAAGAGGGGACAGUGCUCAUUCUCGGCGAGGCGGACCUUUCCUGUGGCAGUUGGAGCCCAAGGCUGUCCCGAAGUCUGUGCUUGGCAUCGAUGGUCGCAUUAGAAUAGUGCCAGCUGGGAUCCCCACCCGAACCCCCUGCACUUAGUAGGCGUCAGUGGCACCACACCGUUCCUUCAGCUGUCUGGAUGUCCCUUUGCCUGAGGGUAGUCAAGACCAAGCCUGAUCCCCAGCUCAGGCCAGUUGUCUCGCUUCAGCCUCCGGAGUUACAGGAUUACAGAAAAUAUUAUGAGAGAUGCUGAGGACUUCAUGCUCUUCACAGAGACGCCACACUGGAAUUAGAGAUUGCCACUUCUGAGAGGAUGCUGGGAAUCUGCAGAGGGAGACGGAAAUUCCUGGCUGCCUCUUUGACUCUGCUCUGCAUCCCAGCCAUCACCUGGAUUUACUUAUUUGCUGGGAGCUUUGAAGAUGGGAAACCUGUAUCUCUGUCUCCACUGGAGUCCCAAGCCCACAGCCCCCGGUACGCUGACUCCAGCCAGCGGGAGCGGGAGAGCCUGGAGGUGCGUGUGCGAGAGGUGGAGGAGGAGAACCGUGCUCUCCGCCGGCAGCUCAGCCUGGCCCAGGCUCAGGGCCCUGCUCACCGACGCGGGAACCACUCUAAGACUUACUCUAUGGAGGAGGGAACAGGGGACAGUGAGAACCUACGGGCUGGCAUCGUGGCGGGCAACAGCUCAGAGUGUGGGCAGCAGCCGGCUGUGGAAAAGUGUGAGACCAUCCACGUGGCCAUCGUUUGUGCCGGAUACAACGCCAGCAGGGAUGUUGUCACCCUGGUCAAGUCAGUCCUCUUUCAUAGGCGGAACCCUCUGCACUUCCACCUCAUUGCUGAUUCUAUUGCGGAGCAGAUCCUGGCUACACUUUUCCAGACAUGGAUGGUACCUGCAGUGCAUGUGGACUUCUACAAUGCUGAUGAACUCAAGUCUGAAGUAUCCUGGAUCCCCAACAAACAUUACUCUGGGAUUUAUGGCCUGAUGAAGCUGGUACUGACCAAGACUCUACCUGCCAACCUUGAGAGAGUCAUUGUCCUAGACACUGACAUUACCUUUGCAACUGACAUUGCAGAGCUGUGGGCCGUGUUCCAUAAGUUCAAAGGACAACAGGUCCUGGGCUUGGUAGAGAACCAAAGUGACUGGUAUCUUGGAAAUCUCUGGAAAAAUCACCGUCCGUGGCCAGCCCUUGGAAGGGGCUACAACACAGGAGUCAUACUACUGCUUCUGGAUAAGUUGCGGAAGAUGAAAUGGGAGCAGAUGUGGAGGCUGACAGCGGAGAGGGAACUCAUGGGCAUGCUGUCUACCUCCUUGGCUGACCAGGAUAUUUUCAAUGCUGUCAUCAAACAAAACCCUUUCCUGGUGUAUCAGCUCCCCUGCUUCUGGAAUGUGCAGCUGUCUGACCACACCCGCUCUGAGCAGUGCUACAAAGAUGUGUCUGAUUUAAAGGUCAUCCACUGGAACUCCCCCAAGAAGCUCCGUGUGAAGAACAAACACGUAGAAUUCUUCCGCAACCUCUACCUUACCUUCUUGGAGUAUGACGGAAACCUCCUACGGCGGGAGCUGUUUGGCUGCCCCAGUGAGACCGAUGUCAACAGUGAAAAUCUCCAGAAGCAGCUGUCAGAGCUGGAUGAGGAUGACUUGUGUUAUGAGUUCCGGCGAGAGCGCUUCACUGUCCACCGAACUCACCUGUACUUCCUGCACUAUGAGUUCAAGCCUUCUGCUGACAACACAGACGUCACGCUGGUUGCUCAGCUCUCCAUGGACAGACUACAGAUGCUAGAGGCCAUCUGUAAGCACUGGGAGGGACCCAUCAGCCUGGCCCUCUACCUGUCGGAUGCUGAAGCCCAGCAGUUCCUCCGCUACGCCCAGGGAUCCGAGGUGCUCAUGAGCCGCCAGAAUGUGGGCUACCACAUCGUGUAUAAGGAGGGUCAGUUCUACCCUGUCAACCUCCUGCGCAACGUAGCUAUGAAGCAUAUCAGCACACCCUACAUGUUCUUAUCUGACAUUGACUUCCUGCCUAUGUAUGGGCUCUAUGAGUACCUCAGGAAGUCUGUCAUCCAGCUUGACCUUGCCAGUACCAAGAAAGCGAUGAUUGUCCCUGCAUUCGAGACACUGCGCUACCGACUCUCUUUCCCUAAGUCAAAAGCAGAGCUGCUGUCAAUGCUGGACAUGGGGACCCUAUUCACUUUCAGGUACCACGUAUGGACUAAAGGCCACGCACCCACAAACUUUGCCAAGUGGCGGACUGCCACCACGCCUUACCAGGUUGAGUGGGAGGCUGAUUUUGAGCCAUAUGUUGUUGUGAGACGAGAUUGCCCUGAGUACGAUCGGAGAUUUGUGGGCUUUGGCUGGAAUAAAGUGGCUCACAUCAUGGAAUUGGAUGCACAGGAGUAUGAGUUCACCGUGUUGCCCAAUGCCUACAUGAUCCACAUGCCCCAUGCCCCCAGUUUUGACAUCACUAAGUUCCGUUCUAACAAGCAAUAUCGCAUCUGUCUCAAAACCCUGAAGGAAGAGUUUCAACAGGACAUGUCCCGGCGCUAUGGCUUUGCUGCUUUGAAGUAUCUCACGGCUGAGAACAAUAGCUAGCAUAAUGAAGGCCACCACGAGGGAGAGACAUGCCACAAGGGAAGAGCCACUUGCUGCCUGGGCCCAGACUUUGAAGACAAAAUCCAUCACUGAUUUUGUUUGGUUUGUUUUCCUUUGUCUCUUUGGCCCCACAAAGCUGCUCUCUUCUGAGAUCUUGGACAGGGACCCAGGCCACUAUGAGGUACUUCCAGAAUGGGACACAGAAGGGUGAAAGCAAAUGAAGAGUUAACAACGUAUCACAAAGGCACAGACCAAGUCAGAGUUUCUGGAAUCUCCCAUUGCUUUUUACAAUUAUGGGUCAAACUUUAGCUGUGAAGAAAGAAGUUGCCAUGCUUUGGGUUAGUCAUUCCAGGAAAUAAGAGCAAGAUAUUUCCUUCUAAGAAUAUCCCUGCCACCUAACUGGCACCCACGUGGAAGACAGGCCAAGGACCCAAACAACCAUCUGGGUACCCACAUGGGGACAUUAUAUAUGCAGCGACCUGGAGGUGGAAUGAAUUGAUUCUUUAUUAUGAAAGUCACUCUUGUUUUGUUUUGGGUUGUUUGAAUUUAGGAGAUUUUUUAUUUUGAUCUAGGAAUCCAAGUUAAAACAAAAUCUAAUUCUUAAAGCUCCAAAAGAAAAAUCAGCUCCCUCAACCAACACUGCUCUCAGUCAGCAGUGGCCCAGUGACAAGCAUCCUCAGGAAUGCUCGCACAUGGGCAGCUUUCUUCAGGAUGAACACUGAGGCCACCUGAUGCUGAGGUUCUACUCCAGAUCCAGGGCUAUGCCAGGGACAACAGAAAUAUGAGGCCAAACAUUAUAUGCAAGUCACAUUUUCUAUGGACAGUGACCAAGUCACAAGGAAAGGGCUUCAAGGAACUUCUUCAGCACUCACAGAAGGUACGAUUCCCUGCUCAGGCCUUUAGAAGAACUUGAAUGGUUCACAGGAGUCCACUCCGAACACUCUUAUAACCACAUGGAAACCACUGGCAGAAAUGGGUCAGGUGUCUGUGUGUUUCUCCCUGCCUCACUGUUGGAAGUGGGGGACUGGUGAGCUUAGUUUCCCCUCAGGACCUCUCCUAGGCUUGGCAACCACCUCUUCAUUGUGCAGACGGAAGAAACACUGGACUUUUUACCCGUUUUCUUUAUUCUUCACUAUUAAUGUUGUGUUUACAUGGAUGAGAACAGGAGUUAAUGGCCUGCACUCUGCUGGGCUGUUUGUAUUGUUGCCAUGUGACCAGCGAAAGCUGCAUUCAAUAAAUGAAAGUACAGACUCUUU